AAAUUAUAUAUAAUUUUCUAGGGCAAAGCCGCCGUCGCCGUCGCUAUCGCCGUCGAUCAUUGUUCAGUUCGAGACGACGACGCUGACACAAACAAACGCAAACCUGAAGCAAUUUCCCGCAUCCUCAAUUGUGGUAUUAGCAUCUCUUUACAAGUCUGGUCAAGGAUCAUGAGGAAGAAGAAAAAGAAGGCUUCAUGGGGAUUGAUAAAUUUGGAAGGGUGUCCAGACCGACUUGGACAUGCUCAUGAAGAAGCUAACACAACAACUCACCGCAAUGAAACCCCCAAAAGGAAAAUUAAUAAAAACAAAUACACACACAUUGGGGGCUUUGAACGAGAAUCAAAUAUGAUACUUCUUUAUGUUAUCGUUGCUGAACGAGCUACGGAAGCUUUGUCGAUGGUAGGUGAAAGCAGGCGCGAGAUUGAUAUCGUCGUGACUGAAUUUGACCUCCCCGACAUGGAUGGACUCAUGUUUAUUGAGAAAGUUCUUGAAAUAAAGAAGCUACCAGUUUUCGUUUUAUCAGCAUUUGAAAACUUUGAGGUGAAAAUGUAUUGCCUGUUAAAUGGUGCUGAAUUCUGUUAUGACAAACCCCUGGAUAAAGACACUGCACAGGGUCUUUGUGAAUUCAUUGUACCUAGAAGUGGUUCAUCUGCCACUUCUGAAAUUUCCUAUAAUAUUUUGGACUCGCCUGUGUCUAUACAUGCUGAUAUGCAUAUAGUAGACGAUUUGAUUCUGGAGAAUCGUGAAGAAGUCGUCGCAGAUAACUUCGGUAUGAUCUCUAAGAAGAGGAAAAUCAGUUGGACUCCCAAGCUUCAUAAAAAAUUUGUUGGAGCAGUUCUCGCCGCAGGCUUCUUUGUUGUUCAGCCGAAGAGCAUACUUAUGAACACCCCGGAGCUAACUACUGCCCAAGUUGCUAGCCAUUUGCAGAAGGAUCAAUCGCCAAAAGGCCUUGCCCGAUGAGUCUGGGUCUUUACAAGGGCGUUGGUUGUGGCAUCUACAACCAGUUGUCUUGGCGGUUCAAAGUGCUGGAGCUACAGCAGAUCAAUCAUCAAAACGUUUAGGGACGAAAAUGUAAACAAAAACCAUACUUAGAAUAAAGAAUAGGUUUGUGGUUGGGUUGGGAGGGCCUGUUUGUGUCUGUGUCGUUAUAAAUUACAAAUCUGUUUUUUUUUUCUUGUGAUUCAAUUACAUUUGAAAUAAAAUAGUAGUUACAUCAAUUCAUACUUA